ACAUACGUGAUGAUUCACCUGCUAUUGAGCUUGUAAUAGAUAUCAUUGUAAAUAAAAUUGGAAAUGAACUAAGAAGUUGGUUUGUAAACAAAAUGUGGUGGUAAAAACAAGGGUAUUCCUACCGGAAAUAGCUCUGCUAGAUAAACAAUGAACCGCAUACUGAAAUGAGAUAACAUUUUCAAUUGAAUGCCAUCGAAAUGUAACUUCAGAAACGUUUGCAAAUACACCUUUUGUUGUAUUUGGCGCUUGUUUAUUUAUAAUUUGUCUGCAUGUCGUCAAUAAUUUAGUUAGAUUUACAAUGAAAUGAAUGACGAAAGCAGUCUUUGAGCUUUUUGUGACAUGUUACUCCGUGAAAUAUGGAAUCAGCUACAUUAGCAAAUGAUGACGCUGAAACAAGUAAGCAGUCGCAGACAAAUUGUUUUUUCUUUGAGGAUACAGAUUUUAAACCAAAUUGUAUAGAUUCUGAGGAAUAUCUUGGACCUCAUGAUUGGAGAAAGAUUCUGAGACCAAUCGAAGAUGGAAAUUUAAAGUCACAAUCAGCAAGAUGUGAAAGCAAUGAAGACCAGAGGAUAGCUACAAACUUAAGUGUGACAGAGUCAGAAAACAAAGCUAUUAAGGACAGUAGGAAGAUACACAAUGAAGAUUCUAAACUAAAUGAAAAACCAAAGCGAGUUCCAUCAUGGAAAAGACAUUUGAUAGAAAAGAAAAAGAACAAAAGUGGAAAGCUUGUAAGAAAUGGAAGUGGAGCAGGAUCUCAGGAUGGUGGUGGAGUAAUGAGAAAGAAGUCAUUUAACAGAAAUGUGGAUUCUACCUUUAAACAACAAGUUGUUAACAGUAAUAAUCUAUCACAAAGUAACUCUUUUAGGAGACGAAUUUCUCCUUCUAAUUCUUUUAAUAAACAAAGCCAAGGUUCAAGUCUGUUAACCAAAAAUAGAAUAGAGAAGGUACAGAGAGCAAGGUUAUAUUUACUUCAGCAGAACGGACCAAACUCAUUUCUCAUUGGUGGAGAUUCACCCGAUCAUAAAUUCAGGGUUAUCAUUGGUCCACAGACAUGUAGCUGUGGUAAAGGCCCACAUUGUGUUCACGUUUUGUUUGUCAUGUUAAGAGUAUUCAAAGUACAAGAAGGGGACCCUUGCCUAUGGAGCAGAACUCUGAAAAAUUAUGAGGUGGAAAGUUUGUUCAGAAUAUAUCAAAACAAAGUAUCACUAAGAAUUUCUAAGAAGAGAAAGGAGAAAGAAAAUAAGAAGGGAUCGUCUUCAGAGUCUGUAUCACCUGAGGUCACACCAACACAGUCAGAAAUCGGAAGUGUAAAGGAAGAAGAAGAUACAUGUCCAAUAUGUCUGCUGGAGAUGCUAGAGGGAGAAAGUCUUCUCAAGUGUGAAAAUGGCUGUCAAAAUAGACUUCAUCAUCAUUGUAUAGCUGUCUGGUUUGAGCUGUGUCGCAGACAGAAUGACCCAUUAAUUUGUCCAUUGUGCAGAGCAAAGUGGAAAGCAAACACAUUUGAAGUGAAAAGUCAUGAAGAACCAGUAUCAAGAGAGCCACCAGGGGCCCCUCCAAACACAAGAGCUCCAUCACCCCAGCCACAGGCGUCUGCAGCAGAGACCCGUCUUCCAUAUGCUGAUCCAGUACCUUCAGAAUUUAAGGAAAUGGCCUCACCCUGGAUAGAGGUGUUUGGAGAGGAUUUGGUGUCCUGUUUUUUCACAAAGAAUUGGUCAAUAAGAGAAUCAGCAUUAAAUCAUUUAAGUAAAGAGGUACAGGCAGUGUUAAUGAGAGGGAUGGGAGAAGGUAGAUCAGGUGUGCUGGUAUCUCCAGAAAGACAGACAGCAACCCAUACCACGUUAGAAUGUUGCUGUCAGAUACUGGCCUUUAUGAGCAACGAUCCGGUUUACAGAGUUUAUGUUGCUUCAUUGAGAACUUUAAGAACAAUAUUGUCAUACACACCAUGUAGAGAGCAGCAUCAGAAGCUAAGACUAGAAAGAUUACUGAAGUCUAUAGUUGAUGCUGUUGCUAUCAAAUGCACAGAUGGAAACAGGCGUACUAGUCAGUUAUCUUUAUCAACAAUAGUAGAAAUAGGAAAGGGACAAGAUGGAGAAUUAGCUGUGGGUAAAGAAAUACAUAAUUCUGGUGGGCACGGAUUACAUGGUCUAGAUUAUAUCAUUAAGUGUAUGACUGAAGAUUAUGAUGGUGAAUCAGUUGCCUGGCAAUGGUUACUUGGAAGAUUAUAUGUAUUGGAGAGGUUAUUUGAAGAAUUUCACAACGAGCUGCUGCCGAGGAAUCCACCAGAUGGAAGAUCAGCAGAUGAAGAAGGUCCUGCUCCGUCCUCUAAGUCGAGAGACGUAUAUCAUAAACCUUCCGUACAGGAUAGACUCUUAGCCAUUGCUAGAUUUGCUAUUAAAGGGGUUUCAAAUUCUCACAUGAGAAUAAGUCGAAUGUCUAGACGUGUGUUUCUACUUGUGUGUAGAUUUUCUGCUCAUAUUGAAAGUAUGAUAGAUGAUUUAGAAGAAAUGCUCACUGCUAUUGACACAAAUGUAGGUGCUAAUAUGAAAAAGCGUUUGUGGAGAAUAGUUAAUGAUUUUCAAUUGUCCGAAAAAAUAGUUCAAGAAUUACAUCAUGGUAUUAGAAAUAGUCAACAUUCAGAUGAUUCACCCACUGUUACACCUGUGUCGACUCCACGGUGUAACUCUCCUGUAACACAUUUAGAUGGUGAGGCUUGUACUACUCGACCAUUACCAACUGCUCCACCAAACACACCUAUUCAUUCAAGACGAAAACAAAAAUCUAAAAGGACACCAAGCUUAAAAGUAGAAGAGGAAGGGAAAGAAACCAUAGAUGGCGUAUCUAAUAAAUUAAGUGAAGUGCUAAACAAUGAAAUUACAGAUACUGUCAACCCACCUGCUCAAUCACCAGACAAAAAUCCUCCACCUAUUCCACCGAGACCAUCAAGCAGACGUGGUAGUUAUGAAAUAUUAGAAACAGGACCUAUUUUAACCCCACCUCCACCAAUAUCACGUAUUAGUUCAACUGUCAUUCAAAAAAAUAACAUAUCACCGGGCUUGUUAGAAACUGACUUCCCUGCUACUCCAGAGGAGAUAACAGAAGUACAUGCAAAUAAAGCAGUAGAUACAAUUGAAAAAAGGGAUAUACCACAUAAAAAAAAGUUGUUUUUGCCACUGAACACAAGCGAUGAUGUUUUUGAGGCACCUAAUCCCGAAGAUUCUACAUUUGUAAACCCUCCAUCUGAGAACAACUCUACAAGUAAUGAUUUAGACUUAUCUGGUGACAUAUGCAAAGUAAGAACUUCAUCUAAAAUAGAUGAUCAAUCUAUACAAGGCAGCAUAGAGGAACAUUCCAAAAGUUUUAAAACUGAAACAGACAAUACGACUGAAAGUGCAGUUAAUUCUUCAGAUUGUGUUCCUUUAGAUUCUGUCGUAGGUCAAGAUCUUACUGGAUUAGAUUAUGCAGGAACCACAGAAUUUCAGUAUUCUAUGUCAUCAGAUGAAAAGUUCUUAUCAUCUGAUGACUCAUUGGACCGACGAAAGCGCCGUAGAUCUCGCUUGGCAUCUUCAGACUGUGGAUUGUCAAGUGAUGAGUUACUGAACUUUGAUUCACCCAGUAGUAAAGGCACACCUAAUAGAGAAGACAGGAAAGUGUCGUUUAAAUCAGAAGUUACAUCUUGUCCAUCACCAAAACAUUUCCCAGACAAUGCUGUCCAUAACAAUAAUGACAAAAAUGGAGAAUCAUGUCUGUGUAAGGAGGAGAUAGAGAAAGAGGAAGCCAUAGCUUUAGCUAAAGCAUUAGAAGUAUCCAGUAAAGACCCACCUACACCUAAAAUACCAGGAUUAACUCCUACAGAGAGAGAGUUAGUGAUUACCAUUAGAAUACAACCGGAUGAUUACAAAAGUCGAGACAAUAAUAAUGAUAAUGAUAAUGCACCAAAGUUUUACUAUGAAGAUGUCCACUGGAAGAAAGGACCAUUACUGGGCACUGGAGCAUACAGCACAUGUUACCAAUCCAGAGAUGUUAAAACUGGGGUCAUUAUGGCUGUCAAACAGAUAUCAUUCUGUAGAAAUAGUGCUUCUGAACAGGAGAAGGUUGUAGAGACAAUAUCAGAAGAAAUACAAAUGAUGGCAAAACUAAAUCAUCCUAAUGUUGUCAGAAUACUAGGGGCCACUAAACAAGGAUGUCACUUCAAUAUGUUCUUAGAAUGGAUGCCAGGCGGGUCCAUUUCCUAUUUACUGAGUCAGUAUGGUAUAUUCUCUGAAGAUGUUAUGAUCAGUUAUAUAUUCCAAACACUCAGAGGUCUGGCAUAUCUCCAUGACAACCAUAUACUCCAUAGAGAUCUGAAAGGUGCUAACUUGCUGGUAGACAGCACAGGUCAAAGGUUAAGGAUAGGAGAUUUUGGGGCAGCUGCUCGGUUGGCCUCUCAAACAACAGGUGCUGGAGAAUUUCAGGGACAAUUAUUGGGUACAAUAGCUUUUAUGGCGCCAGAAGUUUUAAGAGGUGAAGAGUAUGGCAGAGCAUGUGAUAUAUGGAGCACUGGUUGUACAAUAAUUGAGAUGACAAGCACGAAUCCACCAUGGGAUGCAAAGGCAGUGUCUAAUCAUCUUGCUCUUAUUUUCAAAAUUGCCACAUCAAUGACUCCGCCUCCAAUCCCAGAAAAUCUGUCUCCACCAAUCAAAGAUCUGGCUUUAAGAUGUCUUGAAACAGAUAAAAAGGACAGACCCUCAGCAAAGGAUCUUCUGCUACAUCCUGUGUUCACUAAUUAUAAACCAAUAAGAUAAAUUAAAUAUCACACUUAUAGAAUGAAAUGAUUAUUUUUGCUUUCAUUACAAGCACAUAUUUUCAAAAAUAAAAGACAUUGGAAGGGUUUGUUUUAAAUGAAACAAAGAUUACUGGAAAAGGUUAAUUAAUUUUGGAAAUGUGCUGAAUAUAUUUUUUCCAAGAACCAAUUUAAAAUUUGUGUUGUAUUUCUACCAAUAUAAUAGUGCUAAUAUAUUUUGGUGAUAUAAUACAAAGCUGAGAUAUUUACAACAUAUCGCUCAUAUCUUUCGCAUGAUGUUUUUACAUUAAAUUGGUAAAAGAAAAAAACAUUGGGUAGAGGACUUAUUAAAUGAGUGCUGAAUAAAAUCAGAAUUAAUAUGUUUGUACAGAAUUAAGAGAUUGUGUUUGUCACAAUAUUUUUUUAUUGAAUUAAGAUUAUAGGAUAAGUAAUACAAUAGUUAAUUCCAGGGCCAGAAAAUUUGUUCAUACCAAGAAUUAAUGCCAUCAUUUGCAAAAGACAGAUCAUAAAUAUUUUUAUAUGAAAUGAAUUGAAUUGAAUCAAGAAGCCUUAUAGUUUCAAGAAAUGGUUGUGAAUUUUUCUAUUCCGAAUCGUAUUUUUAUAUAUAAGAUAAUAUAUUUUACUACAAUUUGUAAAUUAUUUAUUUUAUAAAGAAAGCAUUUUUUUUUACUCACUGUACAGUAUUUAAUGAUGCAUAAUAAAAUAUGAAUGAAUGAGAUAUAAUACAACAUAGUAAUCAUUACAACACAUAGUAAUAUUUACAAAGUCAUUUUGUACAGUGGAACCUGUCAAUGGAAAAUUUAAUGGAGACAACAGACGGCUAUCUUCAUAAAAACUUUUAGUCAUUAUCAACAUGGAUGUGAUACCAAAUCAUUCAGACUUUUCAAUUUUGUUCCAUUUUGAUGUUCCAACUUCAAAUAAUGAACCAUUUUCAUUUUUUUAUUUAAACUGAUUUUAUUGUACAAUCUACUGUACUAGUAGUAAAUAUUUUAUGACCUAAUGGCUGUUUUGCUGAAUUUGGCAUCUUUUUAAAGCAGGUUUCACUGUAUCUUAUCUAGUCAUGUAAUCAAUUCUCAAUGCCAAAAUCUGUGUAUAUAGUUAAGCUUUAUUGUAACAAAUCUUUAGUAACAAGUCUUUAAUUGGUAGUUAGAUCUGUAGUCUGUUUAGAUAAUAGUUUUGAUAUAAUCAUCAUUUUUACAUGUUUGUUGUUAUUUUCAUGAAAGGAAACAUUUUCAUUUUCAAAACUGUGAUACAAUGUUAGAAAAAGACCACAUCACUGUUUUGGGGCAAUUUCCAUACAUAAAAAUCACCCUUUAAAUAAGAAUUUAAGAUCAUGCAAGAAGUGACUGAGAGCCCUACAUCCUAGAGUCUUCCAUUUGACAAAAUUCUUGACAACGGAAAUAAUUGCCAGAAUAUAGUGUUUGCUAAAUUUUUGUGUCUACUUUUAUUGUGCAUAUAUACGUAUUAAUUAGUAUGUAUUAGAUAAAGUAGUAAGAUAUGCUGCAUUUAUCUUUGCAUAAUUUUGUUUUUAGCCAUUUGGGAAUGUUUUCUGAAUACAAAUAAAAUGAAUAAUGCACACUUAAUUUUAUUUCAUCAGUUUGGUCAUCAUUAUUCUCCUUAUAUAUUUAUUUGAACUUUAAUCUGUUAACUCAACUGGUAUUAAAUUUCUUUCCCAAAUGUGUAUAUCAAUUCCCCUAAUUCUAUACAUUCUAAACAAAGUUGUUGUCACUAUUCAGUAUAAGACCUGCUUAAUCAUAUGAAACUAUUUACAUCUUUACUAAUUUCACUAAAGUGCUAGUUUGGAUUGACUUAUACUAAAGGAUUUGAGCAACAAUUACCCAAGUUUUCUACCGAAUUUUUUUUCUACAUUACUGUAUGUUAUUUUCAAUCAUAUAAUGUUUUCCAUGAAAACAUUGUUCAUAUGAAAACUAUUUGAAAUACGAUAUAUUUCAACGAUCUGUCUCUAAUCAUUAACCAUCCCAUCAUGCUUACCUUAAUAGAAUACUGUGGAUGUCACAAUCUUAAUUAAAGGGACGUGUUUAUUAGUGUGUCUGAAUGAAAAUCAAAUUUAUGUGCCUUUGAACCAUUCCCAGAAGUUUAAGCAUUGAAAAUUAUUUCAGGAGUUACAUUCUGAAUAUGCAUGAUCUAGUAUUCUAGUUUCCACUAAAUGUUAGGCAAUCAACAAUCAAUCAAUGUGGCAAUCUUAAUUAAUAACUGUCUUCAUUCCCCUUUACACGUCAUUCAAUCAGAAGACUGCAACAAAAGACAUUAUAUCAUCAUUGAAAGUUGGUAUCUUUAUAUGUACUUUGGGAGGAUCAUAAAAGAAUGGACUUUAAUUUUGAGAACAUGGUUUUAAUCAUUCAAAAAGUAAAGUUAAAAAUCAUAGACUUAAGAAAUGGCUUAAAUAAUUUAAUUAGGGCAAUAACGAUCAAUCAUUUUAAAAGAUGGAUAACAUAAAAUAAGUUGUAUAAUGUAAAUAUUUUUUUUUAUGAAUAUCUGUAAGUCUUCCUUCAUAAGUGGCUAUUUAUGCCACUAAAAAUCAGUUUGCAGUUAAUUAUUGUAUGUAAAAAAAAAUUUAAUAUUGCAUACAAUUUAUGUUAAAGUCAUUAUUAGGUCAACAGCAUCUUUUAUCUGACGAUUGCCCAAAUUUUGGGUAUUUUGCAAUAGAUAGUCAGGAAAUUGGUUGUUUUAAGAAACAUUUUUUUUUUAAAGUUCUCAGGUUUUUAUGACUGAUGGCAGAAUGGGUUAUUUAUAAACGACAUCAAAGCUUUAUACCUUUUGAUAGUUUUUGUCUGUAUGAAAAGCAAUCUUUGUACAUGUAUCAGUUUGAAGUGUAUUGAAUGCCAUCUUUAUACAUGUAAUAGUGUUUGGUUACAUUGUAAACUAUCUUUAUACAUGUAAUAGUUUUUGGUUACAUUGUAAACUAUCUUUAAACAUGUAAUAGUUUUUGGUUACAUUGUAAACUAUCUUUAUACAUGUAAUAGUUUUUGGUUACAUUGUAAACUAUCUCUAUACAUGCAUUAGUUUUUGGUUACAUUGUAAACUAUCUUUUUACAUGUAAUAGUUUUUGGUUACAUUGUAAUUUUGUAAACUUUCUUUAUACAUGUAAUAGUUUUUGGUUACAUUGUAAUCUUUUUUUAUACAUGUAAUAAUUUUGGCUUUGAAGACAAUUGUUUUUAUACUGAAUUGGCUGCUGUUUAGGAAAUGGGAUCUUUAAACCUUUUUGAUAAAAUCAGAAUAGUUCAAGCCUUUAAAUGAGGUAGUACUUAUGAAUUAGUAAACAUAUCUGGAAAGAAACAAUUUAUUAUUAUAAAUAGAAUGUCUUAUUAUGAUAAUUACUGGUAUUGUAGUUUUAAUGUUGUAAACAAAUACAUGUGUGUUGUAAUUUCAUGUUUUAUGCUUUUAUUUAUUUUGUUUGUUCAUGAUUUACCCACCAAAUAAUUUCUUGUUCAUCUAAGAUUAUUAUCUUUAAGGUUUUUGACCAAGAUUUGUGCUCUACAAUUUACCCACCUAAGAUUAUUAUCUUUAAGGUUUAUGACCAAGGAUUGUACUCUGAUAUACCCACCUAAGAUUAAUAUCUUAAAUGUACAUGACCAAGAAUUGUACUUUGCAAUUUACCCACCUAAGAUUAUUAUCUUUAAUGAACAUGACCAAGAAUUGGGUUUUGUAAACUUACCCACCAAAUAUUAUUGCCGGUAUCUAUGACAUAUAUGACCAAGAAUUUUUGUGAUUUAAUUAUACUCUGCCAACUUACCUGCCGAAGAUAACUUACUUUAAUAUAUUGACCAAAAAUAUACUUAGGUUAACUUACCCACCUGUAACUUUUUUUUAUCUGACCAAGAAUUUUACUUUUUAAUUAACCCACCUAAGAUUAUUUGCUUGAAUGAAUUGACUUUUGUACUAUGCCAACUUACCCACCUAAGAGAUAUUGACUUUAAUAUAUAUAACCAAGAAUUUAUGUGAUUUAAUUGUACUCUGUUCAAAGACUACUGAAUAUUAAUGCUACUGAUAUCAAAGCACUUACAAAAUUGUCAGUAAAAAGUUAAAAGCCAAAUUUUAGGUUCUUUUAUUUUAUGCUAAAGUAGGGGUUCUUUUAUAUCGACCACCUUUUAAUCAUUUGAUAUAAUGCAUUUUUAGAUUUAGUAGCUCAUGCUUUAAAUGUCUGAAAAAUACCUUUGACAGAAGAACUUUUAAUUUCAAAGAAAGACCAUCAUUCUGUAUUAAAAAAAAGUAUCUAUAAACUUCUUCAAUAUAAGAAUAGAUACGUGAUACAGUUCAUUUAAAUAAAAAUGUUGUUUAUAUGAAAAGAUAAUCAUUAUGUAAUUAAAUAUUAGUCAACACUAGGCCAGUCAAUUCAAAGCCUAAUAUCAUUUCCUUCACCAAUCAUGCAUAAUAAUUCAUCUUCAUAACCUUUUUGCAUUUAAUGACCAUUGGCCUGUUUCGAAAUACACCUUUGAUAGUUUACACUUGACUUUUACAUUCAAAGAACAUGACAAGAAGAUGUUGGAAUAAUAUCUUGUUUACUAAUUGAGUGAAUAUCUUUGUAAGAUCAAACUUAUUAAAAAAAAAAAUCCAACAAGUUUAUAGUUACUUUAAAUUCUUCCAAAUUGAUGUUACAUUGGUGCUGAUUGUUUUACUUCUGUAGGCCAAUUAUUUAAGUCAAUUUUUUUUCUGUAGAUUUUUUUUUUUUGAAAUACCAGAAUUUUUCUGACCUUUUGGAAGAGUUUCAAUACUUUAAUAUUUAGCUCUGAAGUAAGUUCAUGAUAUCAGCAUUAUUUACUACAUUUCUAAUAGAACCUGUUGUGAAAUUAAAAAGAAAGGAUAUUACUUAAAUUCUGAAAUGUAAAGGUCAGUUUAAAUGUUAAAGGUCAAAGGUCAAAUUCCAUCAACAAAAAUUUCUGUAAAAUCUAUUGAUGUAGCCUAGUACAUUCCGUAGAUUCACAGUACCAAAAUAUGAUUUGUAUUAUUUUGUAAAACUUUUCUUUCUAAAGUCUUGUAUGUUAUGUGGUUUUAGGUUUUAUUUUUGUCAGAUAUAUUUUUUAAUUGGAUGAAAAUUAUUCCAAUUAGUUGUUACAUGUAUUAUAGAAAUAAAUUCUACAGAAGAAUCA